UACCUCGUCUCCUGCCCGCAAACCUCGCCUACCUUCCUAUUUGUUUCACCUUCACCGGUUUCGCUCGAAACCAUCAUCGUCUACCUUCGACUUCAUCUUCCUCUCGCCUCCGAAACGCUCGCGGUACAGUCGCGGCUGGAGCUACCUGGGAACAACGACGGGAUCGCGGCGUACAAAGAUCUGUGAAACUCCUGCCCCUUUCCACUCCGCUCCUUGCCGACUAACCCUCGUCGUUCUCUUCCUUCCUCCCUCCCCCCUUCGCGUGCUUCAGCCCCGCUAAAUCUUGUUAAUCCGCCUACCAACGGGAUUUACUAAAUCCGGAAUUUAAGGCUAAACGGAGGAGAAACGGGAUCUGAAUUCAGAGUAUUAUCACUUAAAAUAGUCUGACAGAUAUUGAAGAGGAAUUAUGGCGGUUCAUGGUUGCAUUAACCAAGUUUUUUCGGACAAUGGAGAAGAUGACGAUGGACCUACAAUUUUUAGGAGGGCUAAUCCAUCAUCCAAUCAAAAUCAGUUAAAUUCCUCUUCUCGGAAGUUAUUAUCUCAAAGUAGUGAUGGGUCUAUUGCAGAACGCACAUCCAGCAUUUUGCAUGCUUCCAAGGAUAAGAGUUUACGGAUGAAGAAAGAUAGCCCUGCACCUUCUUCCAAAAUUUCAGCUGAAAAGCCCAAGUCUGUAAGCUCAAAUGCUUCUGCUUUUGUUCAUGGCAAUGCCAAAGGCUCAGCGGGUCAGAAUUUGGUUUCUAGAGACCAGAUGAAGGCGUCCCAUUCUGGCAAGUCUUUUUUGGCUGAGAAUUCUGAUGACUCCGACGAUGAAAAGCCUUUAAGCUUUAGACUUAGUUCAUCUUCAAAGGGAAAUAAAUCCACGGCUGUUCUAAAGGCACCGAAGCAGUCAAUGGCCGGUGGGUUAACAAAUAAAUCUUCUGUCCAAACCACAUCAGAUAGAAUAAAUGGAAAAGCAAGAAGUUCUGAUGGUUCUGAUGAUGAUGAUAAUGUUCCCUUAAGUGCUAAAUUUAAUUCUGCUUCUUUAGCACCUCAGAGAAGCAAUUCCUUGCUAGCUGCAAAAGUAAGCAUCAAGGAAUCUGCUACUGAUUCAGAAGAUGAAAAACCGUUGCUUUUCAGACUUCAAGCAAAGAUCGACGGUGCUGCAUCUAUUAAAUUAAACUCCAAUGAGAAAACUUUAUCUUCAAAAAUUAUGGCAAAUGGGUAUAUUAAGAAAGAAUCAAUUGAUGGCUUGAAACACUCAAAAGGCUCAAGGAAAAGGCCUAUUGAUGACACUAAUAACUCGAAUGAGUCCUCUGUUAAGAGAGCAAAACUUCUAGAUAGCUCAGCUUCCAUUAAAUUUAAACAGGAAGUACUAGUUAAGAAAGAGCAGAAGAUUGAUGACGACCAUAUACCAAUUUCCCAGAGAUUUAAAAAGACAGUUUCUUCUGGAAGUCCAGUAUCUGUGAAGAAAGAAAUUAAAAAAAUGACGUCUUUUAAGAAGGAUGGUAAGAAGAUGAAAAUGAUGAAGGACUCAAAAUAUUCCAAGUCAUCUAAAGUACCUCCUGGCUCUGGUGGAGGGCUGAAGUGGACUACCUUGGAGCAUAAUGGUGUUAUUUUUCCUCCGCCAUACAAUCCUCAUGGGAUUAAAAUGCUCUACAAUGGUCAGCCAGUUGAUUUGACUCCUGAGCAAGAGGAGGUUGCAACAAUGUUUGCGGUCAUGAAGGACACAGAUUAUGCCGCAAAGCCUAAAUUCAUUGAGAACUUCAUGAAUGAUUGGAGGCAAAUACUUGGCAAAAAUCAUGUCAUUAAAAAGUUUGAGCUUUGCGAUUUCACUCCUAUCUAUGAGUGGCAUCUAAGGGAAAAGGAAAAGAAAAAACAGAUGAGUUCAGAGGAAAAGAAGCAGCUAAAAGAAGAAAAGAUGAAGCAAGAAGAGAAAUAUAUGUGGGCUGUUGUUGAUGGAGUAAAAGAGAAGGUUGGAAAUUUUAGGGUGGAACCACCAGGAUUAUUCCGCGGUCGUGGAGAACACCCGAAGAUGGGAAAAUUGAAAAGGCGCAUUAGACCAAGAGACAUUACAAUUAACAUUGGCAAAGGUUCCCCAAUUCCAGAGUGUCCUAUAGCUGGUGAAAGGUGGAAAGAGGUAAAGCAUGAUAAUACUGUCACCUGGCUUGCUUAUUGGAGUGAUCCAAUCAAUUCAAAAGAGUGCAAAUAUGUUUUUCUGGCUGCUAGCAGCGCUUUGAAGGGUCAAAGUGACAAAGAGAAGUAUGAAAAGGCAAGAAUGUUGAAGAAAUACAUACAAAACAUUCGUGCAAACUAUACGAAAGAUUUUAACAGUAAAGACGCUACAAAGAGACAGAUUGCUGUAGCCACUUAUCUUAUUGAUAAGCUAGCACUAAGGGCGGGCAAUGAGAAGGAUGAUGAUGAGGCUGAUACUGUUGGUUGCUGCACUUUGAAAGUGGAGAAUGUUACACUACUUCCACCAAACAAGUUGCAGUUUGACUUUCUCGGUAAAGAUUCUAUUAGAUAUUUCAAUACUGUGGAAGUUGAGUUGCCUGUCUACAAAGCAAUUGGAGAGUUCCAAUCUGCGAAAAAGACUGAUGGAAGGAAGAAAGCUGAAGGAGAUGAUCUUUUCGAUUUGUUAGAUACAAGUAAACUCAAUGCUCACCUGAAGGAACUCAUGCCCGGCCUUACUGCUAAAGUUUUCCGUACAUAUAAUGCUUCCAUUACAUUGGAUGAUAUGUUGAGUAAAGAAACCAAGGAUGGAAAUGUACUAGAAAAGGUUGCAGUAUAUCAGAUAGCUAACAAAGAGGUCGCUAUAAUCUGCAAUCAUCAACGAAGUGUUUCAAAGUCUCAUGAUGCCCAGAUGUCGAGAUUAGAUGAAAAGAUAAAUGAGCUGAAGGUCCAAAGGAAGGAGCUCGAGGUUGAUUUGGGUAAAGCAAAAAGAGGGAAGCCUUUGGGGAAGGAUUCAGAUGGAAAAUUGAAAAAGAAUGUGGCCCCUGAGCUAUUGGAGAAGAGGAUUGUUCAGAUCGAUCAUAAAAUAGAGAAAAUGGAAUUGAGUAAGAAGACCAAGGAGGAUCUUAAGACCGUUGCUCUAGGCACUUCUAAGAUUAAUUACCUUGAUCCUAGGAUAUCUGUUGCAUGGUGUAAGCGUAAUGAAGUUCCCAUUGAGAAGAUAUUCAACAAGUCGCUUCUUGCAAAAUUUGCAUGGGCAAUGGAUGUCGAUCCGGAAUUCAGAUUUUAGGCAAUUCAUGGCAGUGUCGUUGUGGAAAGAAGCAGCAGCAUCUGUGAUUACGGCAGUGCUUUGGUUUCCAUUGUUUAAUUCUUAUGUUCGGAAGCCGGUUAAGAGAAAAGAGCAAUUUCUUUUAAGUUGUAAUCACAUUCAUGCAGUUUUUUUUUUUUUCCUUCUCUUUCUUAUUUGUUUUUUUAACUUAGUGGGAAAUGGACUUUAAUUAUAGCAGAGGUGGAACACUUGAGAUAAGUAUUUUUUACAUAAUUUGUGGCUUUUUUUAUUCUGUU